AUGCCUGAGUACCAAUUCUUCGUCUCCGAUGGGGCGCCCAAGCCGGCGAAUAAGGCAAUGCGCAGCCAUGCCAUGAAGACCGCCCUGAGAACUCGUGCGGCUCAGACACAAGAUCCCGCCGAGGGCCCAUCCGGACAGUCUGAAUCGCAACGGACCAAGGACUCGAAGGAUAACUUGAAAGGGAAAUUCAGACUGGACAGCAAGGCAUCCUCGAAACAAAGGAGUAAAGAUGCCAAGCCGGUCACGGAGCAGCCUUCUCAAGCUCUUGGGCCAUUCAUUGGCCUCCAAACGGAAAAGCCCCUGUGGGUUGUGGAUGGGGGGCUGGGCACUGGCCCUAUUCAGUGGUUUGCUAACGGAUAUGUUGACCCUUUCGGUAUCAUACCGGUGCCAAACAACUCAAGAGUCGAGAAGAUCCUCAAGUAUUAUCUGACGAAGUUCACGAUCAACUUGGCUACUACAGAUAAGGAACGGCCAUGGUUUGGUCUGGCCAUGACUUCGCCCGUAAUCAUGCACAUUACACUUGCUCUGUCGGCCACUUUCUGGAUUUCAGAUUGCAAAUCAGAAGAUGUCGUUGUGAGAAGGGAAGGUCUCUGGCAGAAAGGAGAGACAAUACGCGUAGUCAAUAGACAUCUACGCAAUGGCGAGGUCUCGGACAACGUCAUCGCUGCCGUAUCCAUUCUGGCCAAUGUUGCGGGCCUUGAAGGCUCAUUCGAAGAGGCAGACAUGCACGUGAAGGCUGUCGCACGCCUCGUGGGUCUCAGGGGAGGAAUUCAAGCAUUCAAGGACAAUCCUACCGUUGCACGUGCAGUGAAUUGGGCGGACAUUCACAUUGCUGCUGGAGUCGGUCGCAGGCCCCUCAUGCCACUUAUUCACGGUCUUGAAGAGGUCACUCUACCCGACUACAUCAUUGCGGAGGCUGAGAGCCCGAGCCUCUCUCUUCUAGACAGUCUUGCAUACGGCAGCAACAUUUUGAAGACCAUAUUUCUGUUCUUACGUCAGGCCAUUCUAUGCAAAAGAUACAAGGUCUGUGUUCCAAAUGGCGUCCGAAUCAUUUUCAACAUAGCGGAUUGCCACAUUCUCGACCACCUAUCCACAGAACCCGUGUCACCAGAUGCACAUCGCUUCAAGACGCUCCUACUUGCCACACAUGUUUUUAUAUAUGCGGUGAAGCGCCAAAUGCCCAAGGGCGGCGCUAUCGUGUCCAUCCUGAUUGAGCGUCUCAAACUAUCCCUGCAGGCGAGUGGCGUCGACAUCAGAAGGGGCUAA